UGGUGCUUUAGGACCCAGAAGAUGUAAACCUGGUAGAGAAGGAAGUACCGCGUAUAUAACCUGAGCUGCUAAACGGAAGUUAGCAACUUGCAGGUAGCUUUUUGGCGGCAGUGGCGGCGGCGGCGGCAGCGGCCUUGCAGGUUCCCCAUCAAUACCGUCAUCAAGGGCUUAUCAUGGCUUCCAGUCACACCGUGUUGAUGCGGCUUGUAGCCUCAGCAUAUUCUAUUGCUCAAAAGGCAGGAACCAUAGUCAGACGUGUUAUUGCUGAAGGAGACCUGGGUAUUGUGGAGAAGACCUGUGCAACAGACCUGCAGACCAAAGCUGACCGAUUGGCACAAAUGAGCAUAUGCUCUUCAUUGGCACGGAAAUUCCCCAAGCUCACAAUCAUAGGGGAAGAGGAUCUGCCUUUUGAAGAAGUGGACCAAGAGCUCAUUGAAGAUGGUCAGUGGGAGGAGAUACUGCAGCAGACGUGCCCAUCCCAGUACAGUGCUAUUAAAGAAGAGGACCUUGUGGUCUGGGUUGAUCCUCUGGAUGGUACCAAGGAAUACACUGAAGGUCUUCUUGACAAUGUGACAGUCCUUAUUGGAAUUGCUUAUGAAGGAAAAGCUAUAGCAGGAGUUAUUAACCAGCCAUAUUACAACUACCAGGCAGGACCAGAUGCUGUGUUGGGGAGGACGAUCUGGGGAGUUUUAGGUUUAGGUGCCUUUGGGUUUCAGCUGAAAGAGGUGCCUGCUGGGAAACACAUCAUCACAACGACCCGCUCCCAUAACAACAAGUUGGUGACUGACUGUGUCACGGCCAUGAACCCCAAUGACGUGCUGCGAGUGGGAGGAGCAGGAAAUAAGAUUAUUCAGCUGAUUGAAGGCAAAGCCUCUGCGUAUGUAUUUGCGAGUCCUGGAUGUAAGAAGUGGGAUACUUGUGCUCCAGAAGUCAUUUUACAUGCUGUGGGAGGCAAGCUAACUGAUAUCCAUGGAAAUGCCCUUCAGUAUAACAAGGAGGUGAAGCACAUGAACUCUGCAGGCGUCCUUGCCACGCUGCGCAAUUAUGACUACUAUGCAAGUCGAGUUCCAGAAUCUGUGAAAAAUGCACUUGUGCCUUAGAGGAAAAUCUCAUUUACUUAGCGAGGAGAAGGACACUUGAUUCUCAGAAUAAUAUAUGUUAAAAGGAAUUGGAUGGAAUUAUUAGAAUUCCACUUUUACUUUAUUCAUUGUUGAUCGGUGAUUUAUAUUUAGUUACUUAGGAGUAGAAAAAGCAAUUAAAGACUUUCUUGAUUGAUUAAUCACCCAGGCCAAUUGUGAGAUCGGAAGGAUUUGUAAAGUAAGCGUGUUACAGUUCUUUUCCUCCUUGUAUUUGGAGGAAUGAAAGGAAGGUUUAGUUUCAACUCGCUAUUCUGGUCAGUUGUUUAAUCAACAUUCCUGUUAUUGUGAACAAGGUUUCUUUAGGGCACAGAAUCACAAGUUGUUACCUGAAUCUCAUUCUUGUUUUUCACAUUAAUUUUAAGUUUUCCUUACUCCAGUUAACGAAUAUCCUGAAGUGUCAUGUAUGUUGAUGAAACAGAUUUAUGGGAAAAGCUUCUUUGUAAUAAAUUAUUUAAUUCUA